GGGGGCAGGUUUGCCUCGCAGGCGCUCGCACUCGGCGGCCGGCGGGCGCGCGGCUGCAGCUGGAGCUUCAGCUCCGGGAGUUGGAGUUGCUGGGAGUUUCCCCCCCACCUCUCCCUCUUUGCGCGCGGCAGCAGGAGUCGGCGCGGGAGCCGCGAGGCGGCGGCGAGCCAGCACUCGGGCCGGCGGAGCCUUGUCCGGAGCCUGGAGCCCCGCGCGGGGCAGCCUCCGGGGAGGAGCCUCGCCCGCUGCGACGCGUGCCGCGCACUGGCACGGCCGAGGCACGAGCCGGGCUGCACGAAAACUCACUGCGGGCCCUCCUGACUUGUUCUACAAUGAGUGCCAAAUCUGCCAUCAGCAAGGAAAUUUUUGCACCUCUUGAUGAAAGGAUGCUGGGAGCUGUCCAAGUCAAGAGGAGGACAAAGAAAAAGAUUCCUUUCCUAGCAACUGGGGGUCAAGGCGAAUAUUUAACUUAUAUCUGCCUGUCAGUGACAAACAAGAAACCCACACAGGCGUCCAUCACGAAGGUCAAACAGUUCGAAGGCUCUACGUCUUUUGUUCGGAGAUCGCAGUGGAUGCUCGAGCAGCUUCGCCAGGUUAAUGGUAUUGAUCCUAAUCGGGAUUCUGCAGAGUUUGAUUUAUUGUUUGAAAAUGCUUUUGACCAGUGGGUAGCCAGCACAGCCUCAGAAAAAUGCACCUUCUUCCAGAUCCUCCAUCACACCUGCCAGCGCUACCUCACGGACAGGAAGCCGGAGUUUAUUAACUGCCAGUCCAAAAUUAUGGGAGGAAACAGCAUCCUCCACUCCGCCGCUGAUAGCGUGACCAGCGCCGUACAGAAGGCGAGCCAGGCCUUGAACGAGCGUGGGGAGCGGUUAGGCCGAGCAGAGGAGAAGACAGAAGAUAUGAAGAACAGUGCCCAGCAGUUUGCAGAAACUGCACACAAGCUUGCCAUGAAGCACAAAUGUUGAAGAAACUACCCAUCCUGGUGACUCCGUAAGAGUAAUGGAAGAGUUUGUUCAGCAGUUUUUACAAGAAUUCCAGACCUCUCUGCUUGCUUGUUUUUUUUUUUCCAAUAUAUGGACAUUCAGGUUUUUUUGUUUUUCCUUUUCAGAUGUUAAUAUGAAAAAAAAGAUUUUGUGUUUAUAUAUUUCCCUAAUGAUCUUGCUAAGAAAAUUCUGCAAUAGCAUCAGCUUCGUGUUGUGGUUUUUUUUUUUUUUAACCCACAUAUGUGUGUUUGUAUGUUUUCCUUUUUUUUUUUACUUUGUAGUUUGAUUAUGAAAUUGGAACCAAAUGAUACACCUAGCUGAGGCUAAGCUACCAACGUGUAUUUUUCUUUCCUAUAUUAAACAGGAAAACAUUUUAAUGUGGUGACAUCAGAUGUUAUUGCCCCUGGGUGAAAAUAAAAGUCAAGCAGUAAUUGGUUCACUCAGUCUCUCAGCUGCUCUUAGUUUGAAGGGUUAAGGUUCUAUAUCCUGAGACAUAAGUCUGUAUUAUGGGGAAACGACCAUAAUAUCAGGGGAAACAGCAGUCUUAAAUUUUGUUCUUUACAUAGUAAUCUUGUGCAUGAGCCAUCACCAGCAUUCAAAAAGCAAAUCCGACUCACACACAGAAAUUUACUCUCUGAGCUACAGUUUAAAUACUACCACUACUUGUUUCCCGGCUGACUGUUUAGAAUUAUCAAAUGAAGGAUAAAAAUUUGAGACUAAAGACCUAAGGAAAAGCCUAUUUCAGAACCUCUGUGCAUUCCAGGCUGUUUCUCUCUUUUGUCAUUGUCCCAAAAUUGUAAAGAGCUUGGAUUUUUAUUGAGAAUUGAUUUGUCCAGAUAAAGGUCUGUAUAAAUGAUAAUGUGAAAAGAUACUACAUUUAAAACCUUUUAUUUUUCUUUUUACGAAGUCCUGCAUAUUUUAGAGACACCUCACAAUGUCCUUGGGAAAUGGCCUUCAUUUUCUUAAUAUCUGAUUUUUGGGGUUUUGAUGUUAUUACUGUUGUCUAUUUAUUUAAUGUAAUUUAAAUUAUGGUUUUCUUAACAAAUUGUUUUUCAUGGCAAUUGCAGCCUUCCUGGUCUGACAUAAAACAGCACAGCCACAAAACCUUUAUGUUGCAGUCAGAUUUAAUAAAGUUGGUUCCCUCACUUCCUGAUUUCGUAUUGCUCAAGAUAUUACUGGGUUUGGAGUCCAGGAGUUUUGUUUCCUAGAGGGUUAAAAUGCUAAGUAUAAAAGCUGUGCUAUUUCUUCAUGAAACAAAGCGGCAGGCUGCGCAUCACAGACAUAUUCUCAGCCACCCAUUGUAGGGCACUGAUUUUUAAGCCGCCUGAAUCUUCAGGACCUCUUUCCCCUUUCCCCUUUCAGUUCCUUCUACCCAAUAAGAUACUUGAGUCAAGUGUACUGUAGCCUCUUACAUAGCAGCAUAAGAUGACUUUUGGAUUAUUGCUGAUUUAAAUAGCUUAGUUCUCCUGAUAAAACAGUCCUGAGGAGACAGAAAGUUUAGCUAUUGGGAAAAUGGAUAUCUUGGGCAGUACAUGUCAAAAGGAAUUCACCUAUGACAAAUUUCUAAAUCCCCUUAAGGAGAUGAUCGAUCCAGUUAAAGAAUACUCUAUAAAAUCUAUAUAGUAAACUAUGUAAGUGUUCUGUAGCAUUUUGUACUUUUCUUUUGGUGUCUUAAAGAAGCAAAGAACUUGCCAUCUGGUGAGAACUAUUAGAGGCAUUUAUAAUUUCUAAGAAAAGCCCCAGAUAUCAUUCCAAAUGGGUUUUUAUUUUCAGACCUCAGUUCAGAAGACACACACAGAUAUAUAUGUAUAUAUUCAUCUUCCCAAGUUGGAGUCUAGCUUCAGAGAUAGUUGGUUGGCAUAAAUAAUUGAAAAACUCCUGACAGUUGGCCAAACUCAAGAAUGGAAUUUGUUGCCAACUAUCUAACAACAGCAUUUGGGAAGCUACUUCUAAAGCAGCCGAGGAUGGGAUCAAAAGCGUACUGUGAAAUUUGAAAUUCUUCCUCCCUGGUAGAGCUGUGAUGGUUACUCUCCAUGCAUUUAAAGAUUCCUCACCUUGCCCUCAACCCUCACUCUCUGUUUAUCCUUUUAGACUUAGGUUUUAUUGGCAGUAGCCUGGAGGAGAAGAAAGCCCACCUGAAUCUCCAUUAGCUUUCUCCAUGGCCAUGCCCUUGACUUCCCUGUAUCAGAGUCCUACCAAGACCUCCUCCCAGCCAAGAAGUUAUGAAAGCAAUCCCUGCCCCUACCGUCUCCCUCCCAGCCUCUUGCAGAGGAGCCCGGGGAUGUGAAGUUCUUGUGAACACUUGUGAAGUUCUUUGCUCUCCUCCUAUAGAAGGUGCUGCAAUACAAACUAGGAAUACUAUCUAACCUAGAGAAAAUUGCUAAAAUGAUUCACGUCCUUUGGGACCAGUUCGUCUGGAUGAGCUUGCUAGAAGACAUUUACUUUCCAUUUGCUUUAUUUAUGCACUUCACUAUUCAUUUUGAGGAUACUCUGUUUUCGUGAAGGACGUCUUAAAUGGUAUUAACAACACAUAAAGAAAAGAAACUUUCCAAUUUUACCACUUCUUCCUGGAACUUAGUUGUAGUAUUCUUCACUCGUAUUACUAGAUAUCUGUGUACAGGGAGUAUACAGUUAUUCAGGUUAAUGUUUCAUAUUAAAGAAUGUAUUUGUAAAAUGUAACAAGAUCAGUAGUUAACUUUUUUUUAAGCUCUGAAAAAGUAAAGAUCGUGUGUUAGACUUAAAAUUACAGUGAAAUCUGUCUUAAUACUACUUUUGUGGCUAGCAAAGUUUGUGCAUUUAUGUAAAAAUAUUUACAGAAUAUCCUAAAUAAGGGAUAUUAAAGAUAGGUUUCGCUCUUAAUUUUCAAAAACGUAACACUGCUGAUGUCUGUUGUACAGUUAUUAAUUCUUCAGAAGUUCUCUGAGAUGUCAAAUAUAAUUUCUGUUUCAUUCAGAGACAAGUAACACCUGCUCUGUUGAUUCACUGUUACAGCAAACUCUAAUUUUGUCAUUAAAUAUUUUGUCUGUG